CUCAUCAUCCUUAACAACGGCUAGCACACACAAAACAGACCCUCUCUUCCUCCUCAGCGGCGCCGUCGUCGUCAUCCCCUGCAUCCGACCAAGGAAGAAUAACGAAGGGGAAGCGCUGUUACUGCCUCGGAGACAAAGGACGAUGGAAGAAGCAGCCGCCGCCGCCGCCGCCGCCACCGCCGCCCCCUCCCCCUGCCCCAGGACCGCUCCAGUCAGAGUGGUCGCGAGGAUUUGUCCUGGCGGAGGCCCGUCAGGCUCCUUCCAUGUCGCCGCCCGUGUCCCUGAUCCGGCCAAUUCCUCGUCGGCUUCCGUUUCCUUCAUCCCCGUCAGCAAGGAGGCCGCUCCUUCUGGAAGCAUGACUCCCCACAAGCAACGCGAGUACAAACUCGAUUGGUGCUAUCUCAACCAAGAUUCAGACACACACAUAUUCCAGAAUGAGGUUAAACACCUCGUGGAUAACAUUUUUUCCGGCGACGGACGCAACCAUGCAUGUGUAAUCACUUGUGGUUCUACUGCCAAAACCAACCUCGUUAUGGGGUUUGAGGAUCAUCCUGGCUUGCUCAUCAUGGCCAUGGAGCGAAUCCUUGACUGUGCCAAACCCAUCGGGGCAACCAUUAGAGUUUCCUCUUAUCAGGUGCUUCAAGACAAUCAUGUCUUUGAUCUCUUGGAGCCGAAGGAUAGUGAGGUGUUUGUGCGAGAGGAUGCUAAUGGAAGGACUCAUCUUAAGGGCCUCUCCAAGGUUGGAAUCAAUUCAAUUCAAGAGUUUCAGAAUUUGUGCUAUGGGAGUGACAAGCUCCAAAAUCCCACCAUAGCUUCCAACCAAACUAGUGGACACCGUGGUUUUAUUAUUUUCAUUUCUAGAUUUGAUCAAAAUGGUAGACAACGCUCUGUAGCAAAUAUGCAUUUUCUUGAGUUGGCUGGCUAUAACAAUAACAAGCAAAAGAGCCAAGGUGGGGGAUUUGCUCAACCAAAUUCUAAGAAGUCAUUGUAUGCUGUAAUGGAUGUUGUUCAAGCUCUAAAUAGCCACCAGAGCUUCAUACCCUAUAGGAAGAGCAAAGUAACUCAUAUUUUGCAAGAUUCUCUAUGCAAGACAAGUGAUGCUUUAUUAAUAGCAUGUUUGGAUGAAGUCUCCUGCCAAGAUGUAGUCUCUACUCUAAGCUUGGCUUCACGCUCAAGCCAAGUGGUCAAUGAUCAAUGCUACAACUUAUCCUUAAGCACAAAAGAUUGUUUAAAGUCAAAUGUAAACCUUUCAAUAAACACUAAGAAUUUGUCAAGGUCAUUAUUGCCUUCUACCCAGCAACGAAGUUCUAUAGUGGAGAAGUCCGACAAAACUCAAUUUAAUAACAGUGCAGUAAAAGCAGCUCGAGCUCUCAACGCCAAUAAGAGAUCUGAAACAAGCACACAUUCAGUGAAAAAAACAAGCACACAAUCUGCUUCAAUUAGUUUGAAACACUCCGCUGCUAAGUCUAUCCUGAGGGGAAGGAAUUUGUUUUUUCCUACAGCUAAUUCAUCAAAGGAAGAUAUGAAAAAUUUGGUGACAACUGCAAUAGUAAGACCUAAGGAGGUAGAGACAUCAUCUGGCAUGGAAAUUCAAGCCCUCCCACCAAUUGAGGAGAAAUGUGACGACACAAAAAACAGUGUAAUAUCAUCUAAAAUGGAAAAAGUAGAGCCUUGUAGCAUGAGAGAAAUUGUAUUAAGCGACAUGAAAGAAGAGGGCCAUUCUUCUUCAACAGAGAAUUUCGUAGCUGACUCUAGCAUGACAUACCCAUCUACUGCAGCUGAUAAAUCUGUUGAAAAAAAUCCAACCAACGUUAUCCAGUCCUCUCCAAAGAUAAGUGAUCAGCUAAGAGAGAUAUCAAACUCAUUGAAGCUUCUUAGUACUAUGCCAUCGAGCAUAAAAACAGAUAUAGUUCGUGCCAAACCCUUUGAUAUAGUUGAAGCAGAACCAAAAACUCCUGAGAUCCACUUGAAAGUUCGGCAUGUUGAAGAUCUACAAGAAUCAGGGUUUAAGCAGAAAUCCCUGGCUAAAGAGUGUUUGUCAUUUAUAAACAGCGCUAGCAAGGAGCAAUUAAAAAGUUUAAAGGGUAUUGGAGAGAAAAGGGCAAAUUUUAUACUUGAGCUUCGAGAGGAGUCACCAGAACCAUUGAAAGAGAUUGAUGAUCUUAGAAGCAUCGUCGGGAUGAACAAAAAAGAGAUCAAUAAGAUGGUGUCAAAGAUGGUUUUGGAAUCGAAGAUGGACUAGGAAGGGUUGUUGAUUUCCUUCCACCUAGGAGACGAGGUCAUAGUUCCAAAUAGUCUCAAUUCGAAUAUUGAUGCUUGUUGGUAGCGGAUUGCUGCAGAAUCCAAAUGCUAUCUGUGUUGCUUGUGAGAAUAACCGGAUGUUUUGUUGAAAAAAAGAAUAAUCAUGAUGUACAUGUGUUGUGGAGGUACAAGUUUUAUACCUGUCGUGUAAUGUAAAUACGAACAAAGAUUUUGAAGGCUUUCAGGUUUGUCGUAUCAGAA